AUGGAGAAGUAUCAACACAUGAGAGCAUUUAUAUCAGCGGCCUUAGAUUAUACCAAGCAUCCCAGCGAAAGUGCUACAUCUGCUAUACAAAGAAGUCUUGGAGUAAUAAGCGUGUCACUGGAUCUGAAUGUAUUUGAUCCUGGAACCAGCAUAGCUGCAGAAUUCUAUGUGAGUCUGUACGAGCUUAUGAAUUCUGUAGGAUCACGGUCCACUUUGAUCUGGAGUGCUGUAGAUGUUUUACAAAAUGUUUGCAGAAAUGUUCCUGCUAGACAAUCGCUUAUUCAUACAUACAAAUUUACACCAAUAUUAGCGAGAUUAUUAGAGGCAAAUGUGACAUCUGAGAAAAGGAUACGAGUAUUAAAAUUACUUCAGGAAUUAACAUAUGGAAUCAAAAUAUCGUGGCAAGAAGUUUAUCUUUCAUAUUUAAUCUCUACGUUAACUCAAUGGGUAGUACAAUCAAAGGAAGAAGAGAUUAUUGCACUUUCUUUAGGAGUGCUGGUAAAUUUGUGUUAUAAAAAUCUUCCAGCAGUUUAUACAUUGAUGCGUACCAUCGAUACCAAAGCAUUCAUCAGAACAUUAUUAAAACUACAAGAGCAUGUUAAUACUAGUGUACAAUGUUGCAAACUAUUAAUUAUAUUGGAGCCAACCAAUACAAAUAUUUCUGAGAAAUAUAUCAUGGACUUUGCGUCGAUAACUUUCACAAAUCUUAAAACAGCAAUGGAACAAAAAAACGUUUUUUUAUUGCGGCACAUUGUCGAUUUUUUCAACGACGUCGUGCAAAAUGAGCAUUCGCGAAAUAUAUUACUUACAUAUUCAAAUUAUGAUAGAGAUGUAAAAAAUAUACUAGCCACUUUGGAAGAAAAUACAGAUCCGGAAUGCAUUGCUGUUAUGAUGGAAUUUUUACUGUCAUUGGUGAAACUGAAAUUAUGUGUCUUAAUUCCUUUAUAUCCUAUUUGUAUAAAAUCGGCUAUGACGUGGGUGCCUGUAGAACAAGUGUGCUCCAAAGCUUUAGCACUUAUACGAAACAUCAUCAUCGAUUCACGACGCACUAAAACUUGCGCGGAAGUUUUAACAGAGGUAGAUCCGUCUGUUCUUAUGCUUAUAACGAAUCCAGAAGAUGAAAUUAAUGAACAGAAUGGAAGUCAAAAUGCAGAGAUGGAAACAAAACAAGCUGAAUUGAUGCAACUAUUUCAAGAAAUGAUUAAAACUCCUGCAUUUAAGAAAAAAAUUAUGCAAUCGUUUAGUGAACACGUGAUGCGUAGAAUAUUUAUUCGCGUAUUAGAUAAUGAAUUUUCCGCCGCUGGAGAUUGGACCGGAAAUUUCGUGCAAAAUGCUUCCAUCAAUCUUUACAUUUAUGCGUUAGCUUUGACAGCAGAUUUGGCAACAAGUCAUUCCAAUUGGUUGACAUUAUAUUCUGAAUUACUUAGUAGGAAGCAAAUACAAAUGAUAUUAGCAUUAGCAUUAUUCACUGGUGAUGAGGAAGUGAAACAAAAAGUCUUACAGUUAACAUCAUCAACUGGAUUUCCACAAGAAUGUAUUUCUGCAGUGGCAGUUUGCAUGAAAGAAUUAGAACCAUUAAUGUUAAUUCAAAGUAACAAUAAUGUAUUGGAAGUCACGAAUAAGUCAUCUCUGAAUUAUACCGGGAAUGAACUGGCACCAUUAUUUUCCGUCACACAAGAAGAGCGCCUUGAUGCAUGUCUAGCCAAACUCAAAUCAGCUUUUGAAUCGAAUCAGAUAAAUGAUAUUGCGACAUCUGCAGUAAUGGAAUUAUAUGAAUAUAAGUUAGCGGCAAUGAGACAUUCCGAAAGAGCGAUGCAAUCGAGUUUAGAAGCGGCGAAUAAUCACGGUACUAGUCUUCAACACAGAUUAGCGCAAGUAGUAGCUGAGUCUAGUAGAUUACAUCAAUUAUUAUUUGAUACUCAGCAAUGUUUGGAAGGAAUAAGAGCUGAAAAAUCUGUAUUAACAAGAACGCUUCAUGAGAAGGAAGAGCAAUCGAAGAAAGCAAUUUUCGUAAAAAAACAAGAAAUUGAAUCAUUGAGAAAAAUUGUGACAGAAAAAUCAGCAAAUUUGGAGCACUUAAAUAAGAAGUUAAUACAAUGUACAAAUGAAUUAGAAGCUAGCAAAAGUAAGAUUAAUAUUUUAAAUAAAAAAAUUCAGGAAUUAGACAACGAACGUUUAACCGCAGAAAAGAAAGCUACAGAUAUAAAUAAUAAAAAUCACGAAUUAAGUAAACAUUUACAAAACAUAAAAGAUUCUCUCAGCAAAAAGGAACAGAUUUUAGAGAAGAAGAAUGCAGAAAUAGAAAUAAAUCAAAGCAAUAUAUCUGCACUUAAACAAGAAAUUCAACAAAUGGUGCAAAUGCUACAAACGCAUGAACAAACCAUACUAGAAAAAGAAAAAGACAAUCAAAGAAUGAAAGCGGAAUUGACAGAUUUGAGUCGCAUGCGAGAUAUGAUUUUUGAGCUUACUGCAAAAAACAAAGAUGAUUUAAAUACAAGUUAGCAUUUCUUUCAUUUUAAAAUUAUACUUAAUAAACGGGGAAAAUGCACAUAAUUGAUUAAUAUAAUUUUUAUUCUUAUCUAACAUUCCUGUCUAAUAUAAUCUUCU